UGUGCAUUCCGCCAAGCACCGAAGCAGGGUACACCCAGUUUCAAGGACAGGCCGAGACAUUUCCAUUUCCUUUCCAACCGAAAAAGUCUGAGUAUCUCGUACAGACUGCUUGUUCUGAGCCGACGACAGGAGAGUGAAAUGGGAGUCCUGUUUAGCUGGACAGCUGUGGGAGUUUUGGUCCUGAUCAUGGCGCGACUACAGGUCGACAGAGGAGGGACGGCACUGGCACAAGACCCACAGAUGACCACUCUCCCAACUACGCACCACCCUACAACGGCUUUCAGUGUCUUCACUACGAUUCCAACAACGAACCACCCUACAACGGACCACAGCGUCUUCACGACGAUUCCAACAACGAAUCAUCCUACAACGGACCACAGCGUCUUCACGACGAUUCCAACAACGCACCAUCCUACAACGGACCACAGCGUCUUCACAACGAUCCCAACGACAAAAAAUCCUACAACUCCAAAACAUACUACUGAGAGAACUACAGAACAAACCACUACACGGCCAACUACCCCAGCAACUACAUACUCUACCACGAUGAGGACCACAAUACAGACGACCACGCCUGUAGAGACGACAGAGAAAACAACACGUCUGACUACAAGACAGACUACAGAAGCAACGUCUAGGCCAACAACUAAGGAUGCUACAAAACAAACUACGAUACCAACGACAAAGAAUCCUACAACUCAAAAACAUACUACUGAAAGGACUACAGAAAGAAGCACACAGCCUAUCACACAGAUGACAACUGACGAAACAACUCGGCUAACUACAACGGCGCAUUUCACAACCAUUCCAACGACGAAGAAUCCUACAACGCAAAAACAUACAACUGUAAGGACUACGUUGCGAACUACACAGCCUACCACGGAGAUGACGACGUACAAAACUACGCUACAAUCUACGGUAGUGACCACAGCACGAACGACACAACCUUCAACUCAGAUGGCGACAGAGGAAACAACUCGGCUAACAACUGCAAGAACCACGGAAGAGACCACCGGUACAAACUACACGGCCGACCACUACAGAAACUACAGAAGAGACCACAAAACAAACCACAAGACAAACUACUCUAAAGCCUACGGAAGAGAUCACCUUACAAACCACACAGCCAAGUACUGCAAGAACGACGGAAGCAACCACCGAAGAAACUACAAAGCCAACUACAGUUGGGAUUACGGAAGAGACCACUUUACAAACCACACAGCGAACUACUGCAAGAACUACGGAAGAGACCACAAAACAGACUUCAAGGCAAACUACUGUGAAGCCAACGAAAGAGACCACCUUACAAACCACACAACCAACUACAACGCACGUCACAACGAUCCCAACGACUACAAGGACUAAAGAAGUGGCCACAAAACAAACUACGCGGCCAUCUACUACAGGAACUACGAUAGAGACCUCUAAACAAACAACGAUCCCUACUACUAAGAAUCCUACAACGCCAAAACAUACAACUGAAAGGACUACAGAACAAAGCACACAACUUACAACGCAGAUGACAACAGAGGAAACAACUAGGCUUACUACAACGGCGCAAGUCACCACGAUUCCAACGACGAAGAAUCCUACAACGCAGAAACAUACAACUAGAAGGACUACAGAACGAACCACACAGCCUACAACGCAGAUGACAACCAAAGAAACAACUAGGCUUACUACAACCUCACAAGUCACCACGAUUCCAACGACGAAGAAUCCUACAACGCAGAAACAUACAACUGAAAGGACUACAGAACGAACCACACA